UUCACGUGUACAUGUUUAUUACGUUGUUGUAUAUUUCUAAUAUUUGUACAAAACAAACAAAUAUUUAUUUAUUACUUGUUAUUUAUUGUUUAAGAAGGAUGGAUUUAUCAGAAAAAGUUGUCGAAUGCGUUCCUAACUUUUCAGAGGGCUGCGAUUCUACAAUAAUCAACAGUAUAGCCAAUGCUAUAUCAGAAACAAAGGGCUGUGUUUUGGUCGAUGUCGAUGCGGGUUCUUCAACAAAUAGAACCGUGUAUACAUUCUUUGGCACUCCAGAAAGUGUAGUUGAAGGAGCAUUAAAUGGUGCUCUUAAAGCUAGUGAGCUGAUUGAUAUGAAAAAUCAUAUCGGUAGGUUAUUUUUAUAUGUUUUGGAACAGCCUUAUAAGCACCCCCUAGCCACCCCCAACCCGCCCCCUAGCCUUAUUAUCUUUAUAAUAAGAGAUUCCUGAACCACAAUUGGUAUUAGAAUCCAGACUCCAGAGUACGUCAGUUUUCGCAGAGAUCUCGGGAGCGGAAAGCUGAAAAAUCUCGGGGCAGGAGUGCAAAAAUGCCCAAGGGGCGGACUCGGGCGGCCAGCCUCCCAAAGGGCAGUCAUUGCUGAAACAAGAAGAAAAUGGCUUAAUUUGUUUCCCAUCUUUUUUGUUUUCUUCGCAAGUCAACUCGGGUGCGACUGCGGCAUAGUAAAAUCACAUCAACAUCUAGUAACAUCAAGUAAUCAAAAUCAACAUAAAAUACACCGCUGACACUUACUGGAUUGCAGAAGACAUGCUUCUUAAUUUAUGUGCAUGCAGACACGCGGGAAAUAAAUAAUAAGCCCCCGACAAUUUCUGAUAUUUUAGAAUUUUUAGUUACGAACCUGUAUUCGGACCUGAGACUCGCUGCCGUCACACAUGCAUAAAUAGUAAAUAACUAGAUAAGUUAUACUAUGAACACCAAUAUACCAUUACACCAUCAAGUUCUGUUAACUUCUGGCUUUUAAUGGGCAACCUUCGGCAUUGAAGAGUAUUUUCAAGAACUGCAUGUGUUAAUAAUAAUAAUAUAUGCAGGAAAAUAUACACACUUUUUUAAGAUUCCUAGUACAAGAAUGUUACUCGAUGGGCGGAUAGUGCAUGGAAAAUUGUUGCAUAAUAUAUUUUGGGGGUGCUAAAAUUUGUGACAUAACAAAUCUCGGGGGCGCAAUUGCCCUACUCUGUAGUCUGGAUUAGAAUCAGGCUGGUAUAUUAGUAUCAGGCAUUAAUUAUUGAUAGGCAACUGCCUUGUACCCAGGCGCCUGCCUCCUCCACAGGCGUCUCUUAGUCUCUUACAGCCUUAUUGGUUCAUUCUAGAAAACAUCCAUACCACCCCCACAGAGGAAAUAGGAAGUUAACCCCCUACCCCCUUUGGAUGUCCUAAUACAUUUACUAUUAUCAGAAACAUUUUUUUCUCCCCUCCCCCUCCGGACGGCAGAAAUUUCCUCCGUGGGGGGAGUAUGGAUCUUCUCUGGAACGACCCAUUUAAAAAACGAGCACAAAAGCGGUGAGAGGAAAGUAGAGGAAAAGCAGAUGGAAACGCGGCUAUAGAGAAUAAUGUAGCUCACCAGAAUCUCGCCAGAAGAAGAAGGCGCAAGAAUCUUCAGUGGAAAUUAUAUAAAAGGGUGUAGUACUACAUUAAUAAUGAAUUAAACAAAAUUACAUAAAAGAGAUGUCUGGGUACGAGGCAGCCCAGGUGCUUUAAAUAUAAUAGGGAAUAUAUAUACUAUUUAGGGAUACAUGAAGUAUUUAGGCAGGCAGGCAGGCAAGCAGGCAACAUGCAAAGGGGCUGUUGGAAGGGUACGUACCUCCUUUUCCUAUCAGGCCCUUCGCCUUUCUCUCACCACUACAAUACUUCAUGUAAACUUGUCAUACACCAGGGGUCGAAAUUUAAAUUUUUUUGUACUACAGUAUACAGCCGGAAUAGUAGAUUUUGAAAUUUACUAUUCCAUCUGAAAACCCACUAUUCCUUAAUGUACUGUUUCUGAUAACCUGUUCAUGCAGGGUCCGUGCAAAUGUUCUGAUUUUCGUGAAAUCAUCCUUGCGACUCCUAAAGUGAACUGAAUAAUUGAAUAACAAAAAAUAAACAUGUACAGUUAUUGUACCGAUAAAAAACGAUCCAUUCUUAUUUGCCACAGUCAGAUGAACAAGACAAAAUUCACAAAACAUUUUGUCAAGUUCGAUCACUGUUGUAGGUUACCCACUUUAUUUAUCUUUCCACGACGGUACAAACUUUCGUGCUCUUUUUGUGCGGCCAUAUAUACGCAUUGUCUCUUGCCUUUUUGUUAUUGUCCAAUUUUUGGAGCUUGGCUGACGGUUCUUCUACGCUCGAUACAUACAGCCACAUUUUGUAUAACGUUUGAGACGUAAAAAAUAAACACUAAAGUAGUUGUUUUUGACGACAGGGCACGCCAGUCUGUCUGUCUUGUUAUUGUAGCAAAGUUAAUUGAGUUAAUAUUGCUGCAAAGAAAUUAGAAUAUGCAAGUACUGCAAGCGAACAAUAACUUAGGCUUAGCUACGAAGUGGAACAGUGGCUCAAAGUCUGGUAUAAAGUGAUAUUAUUAUACAAGAGGAAAACCGUUAAUUGCUUGUCGAUAUUUGGUACCACAAUUUUUUCUACACUAUACAAAUGGAAUACCGUGAUCAUGAAGCGUACUAUUCCAUCGGGCAUUUUACUAUUUGACCCCCGUUAACGCGCAUCACUGUUUUUUACAAAGAGACGCCUGGGUACAAGGUAUGGUAGGCAUUUGGAAUAUGUAACAUUUUACAGAACUUUUAGCCUGUAAUUUAUAUCAUGGAUAUAACUAGCCUUAGCCUCCUUAGCAGGCAUCUCGUGGUACUUACCUAGAACUAAAUUAUAUAAGUUCUCGACGAUUAAGAGAUGCCUGCGGAGGUGGCUAAACUAGCCUUAGGGCUGCACACGCUCCAUGCAGUUACGUGUUUUUCAUUGUUCCUUCAAUUGUUAUUUCAAAAGUUGAAAUAACUAAAUUAAUUGUAUUUCAUUAUAACAAAAUGUCUGAAUAGUUUUGUUUAAUGUGUAUUUGUUGAGGUAAUUAAUACUUGUAAAAAAUGAUUUCAAUUUUUCCAUAUGUAUAAGUAUAUGUAAUAUAAAAAACACUCCACUGGAAUACAGCCUUUACCCUUCCCAAUGUUCAAAGUUUUUUCGUCAUCCAGUUUUGGAAAGGUCUGUUUAUUGCAGUGUAUACAGAAAAAGUCAAUAGUGGUCGCACAAAAAUGACAAGUUAUGAUAGCAUUGUAAUGUAUACUGACAUGCAUUGUUUGCUCCCAAGAAACUAUGGUUAGCGUGCUGGUCUCGAGGGAAAAGCAAAUUAAACUAUUCCUUGAAGGAACAGAAUAAUAUAUUAAAUGUUUCAUUGUAUAACGAAGAAGAAACAACAUUCACACAAUCAUCAGAUCCUGCUAGGGGUUUCCCCCCUAUGUACAAGAUAGUGAUAGGUCUAGAGACCUGCCGGUACUAGAAACCAUAACCUCUAGUUAUGUUCAGCAUAUAUUACAUGUUGAAAUUACUUCUUAAUACAGUCAAAUGAAAUAAAGGAAAGAAAUGGUUUAGAGUACGAUAUAUAAUUAAUAUUUACAAAAAAGAAUUUGUGGAGUUGUGCAGAUUUAAUACACUAUGAAGAUAAAAGUAUGAUGAGACACUGUCAGAAAUACUUUUGAAAAGCUUAUAUUACAUGCAUGUUAGGGUUUGUAAUCCAAGUGAGUAUAUAUACAUUUAAGACCUAACCAGGAACGACUGCGAAAAAUGCAGCACAAGGUCCUCUGGUAGGAAUUGAACCUACGGCCCUGCGAUUCCGGUGCAGCGCUCUAACCAACUGAGCUACAGAGACCAGCUGUUGAGCUGUAACCCUCAGUUCAUGUAUAUAUAGGUAAUCGGGUGUGCGGGUUUUGAUAAGGUGGACUUCAAGGAUUUGGAUUCUUGCACUUCACUUAGUGGAAUUAAUAUUAGAAUGUUAGGGUUUGUAAUCCAAUUGAGUAUAUAUACAUUUUAAGACCUAACCAGGAACGACUGCGUAAAAUGCAGCACAAGGUCCUCUGGCAGGAAUUGAACCAACGGCCCUGCAAUUCCGGUGCAGCGCUCUAACCAACUGAGCUACAGAGGCUAGCUGUUGAGCUGUAACCGUAAGUUCAUGUAUAUAUAGGUAAUCGGGUGUGCGGGUUGUGAUAAUUUGACAUUUUUUAGUUGCUUAGGGCCUACAUUUCGUAAGAAAGUUUUUCAGUAAAAUUGAAACAGUGAUAGCCAUUCAUCUCUGUGUCAAAUACCUUUAAAUGCAAUGUUUUGAAAGAAACUUUGUAGUAAUUGUAAGGAAGGGCAAAAUUGGAUGAGUUGUACAGUCAUAAUUAAUUAAUACACUGAUACAUAUGUACACUACAUGCAUAUACGUCACGUUGACUUUGGCCCGUUCUACAGUAAGCCCUAACUUUCCAUGGAGGUCGUGCCUUGGUUUUCUUCCUUUGGAUACUCUUUUCUGUUGCUAUGUGCUCCGUUUUGACCCUUGUGGGCGUGGCAACGUUACCGCAAGCCAGCCAAUCACAUAGUCUGACAUGUCGCGUUAUAAAACCUAUCUAUAACAAUAGAGUACUUACCGAAGACGAUCAUCAUUGGUAUAUUUAGCGAAAAACGGUCAACAUUUGACAAAUACAAAAUAUUUUCCAUGUUGAUAUACAGGCUAUGUUUACAUUGUAUCGGAUCACUUUGCGUCCGACGCAAAAACCAUACCGGAUAGGGCUUCUGUUUACAUGUGAAAUGUUGUUAUCGUCUCAAUUUCUGCAACGAACCGGUGGUGCGGCGGUUCGCUCUUCGAAGUGGUGCGCUGUGUAUCGGAUCGGUUUUUGCAACGCUCUCAUUGCAAUGUAAACACCAAUCGGAGCAAUUUUCGGUUCAAUACGUGACUCAAGAUGGCAUCAGGGAAACAAAGACUUGCUAUUCUAAUCUUAUUUGCGGGUAUAGCUUGCUCACUUAUAAUAUUUUUGUAUUUAGUUGGGCGAGGGCGGAAGCUGUUUACACUUGGGCCGUAACGUUUCGUGAACGAAGCAAAAACCGAUCCGAUACAAUGUAAACAUAGCCACAGUUCUAUCAACACGAGUGGAAUUGGGAAAACGAGAAAUUGUAUGGAAACACGACGCCCGAAGGGCGGAGUAUUUUCAUACAAUUUCGAGUUUUCCCAACUUCCACGAGUGUUGAUAUAACUAUAUAUCAAUACGGAAAAAAUGUUUUAUAUUUGUUUUAUAAUAUAGCACAAAGAAAUAUAAAGAAAGAAAUUUUCCGACGUUUCCGUGUUGACAUUGAAUUAUAUUAACACGGCUCUUAGCCAAUCAGCGUUCAGAAUUUACAAAUGCUAUAUUAUAAAAGAGUUUCUUGUCCAAUCAUGCAGAAGACACAUACUGUAGUGACCAACAGUGUAUAAUGAUCAUUCAAUUGACCAAUACGAAAACCAGUCGUUGGUUAACACUAUUCCAGACCUAUGAUUUAUUUCAUUUACUAAAGAUUACUACGUUAUAUAUAGGGGCUCAUCCUCGUCUUGGCGCUUUGGAUGUUUGUCCUUUUAUCCCUAUCAAGGGAGUUACAAUGGACGAUUGUGUAAAGUGUGCUCAUCAAUUUUCUGAACGACUGGUUAAGGAACUCAAUGUUCCAGGUAAAUAUACUUUGAGGUUCGACUGUAUUACUAUAAUACACUUUACUUUUACGUGAAUUACUUCAGUAAAUGCCGUUAGGGGCGUUCUCAAGAAAAUAUGAAAUCCACUGGUCCCUAUAACUAAAAGCGUGUCUGUUUACGGGAGGUUCGACUGCAUGUAUAUAAUUGUGCACUUUUUGUAAUUAGUUUUGCGAUUUACUUAAUCAGUAAAUGUCUCUUUGUUGCUAUUUUCCUUUAUUGUCAUGAUCUUGUUAUCUUUUCUUGAUUUAUUAAAGUGUACCUCUAUGGUCAUGCUGCUCGUGAGGAAUAUCGUAAUACAGUGCCUCAAAUCAGAAGCGGUCAGUACGAAAAACUUCCUGAAAAGGUAGUAAGACGAAUUUGGUAAACUGGCAUAGAUGUUAUCACAGUACUGCUUUAGAAAAGUGUAGUACAGUAUGGACCACGCUUGCAGCAGUGGGGGGACCGAGGAAGGGGUUGAGAGUACGACACUUCCACCUAUCGAAACAUUGGUCGGCGGAACCCCCACCCCCAAUAAUUUCUGAAAGCCUAAUUAGCUUCAUAACUGUGUAACAAAGCUGUAACUAUAAUUUCUCAACCAUGAAAGCAUUCGUAGGCUUAGUUAUUCAAACUAAGUUUUGCAUGAAAUUUAAGGCAGUAAAGUUUAAAGAACUAGGAUUUCCAGCACCAAAAAAUAAAUAAGUGAUGUUGUUGACAUCCUAACUCCAUCCCCCGCCGAUAUUUUUCCAUCACUGAGCAAAACGACGUUGUGUUCAUAAACUGUAUUUUGAUAGUCUAUUGAUUGAAAAGUUGUCCGUAAGCUGGUCUUAAAAAUGUGUAGAGGCACAUCCCCGUCAAUCCUCACCGGUAAGCAUGCAAUUGGUUUACUUACCGACAUACCCUAUGAACCUUGGAACUUGGCCUUGUAGAACCAUUUCCUUGAUUUCCCAGGUUGACGAGAACUAUUACGGACUAUUACCUAACAGUUUCUAUCACAGUAUGAAGAGUUUUUCAAAUUCUUAUUAUUCGAAGAUAGCUAGCGUAGUCUUUUGAGCCGGCCAUUUAACUUUUAAGGAGAUUGAGGGAUUUUAUAUUCAAUUACGUGCUGUGGCAAAAAUAAUUUUGCCCCAAAGCGGCAUGGGAAAGUAUCAUGCACAUUCAUGUUUUAGGUAGGGAGUUCCAUAUUGAUAAAAUUCAUGUGCAAUUUCCUUAAGAGCCACUGGUCAUAUCAUGCUCUUAUAAAAUCAAGCUUUUACCAAAAGGUCUCUUGGGACCUUGUAAUGAAAUAGUUGGGCCCUUAGUAGCAGUAUUUUUAAAAAUAUUAAUUAUUUUACGAUGAGUAAUAAGUGGUAUUUAAAAGUGCUAAUAUAUGUUAGUUCUUUUUUAACAAUGCAGCUGAAAGAUGAAAAAUGGAAGCCAGAUUAUGGUCCAACAAUGUUUGUUCCGUACUGGGGUGCUUCUAUUGUUGGAGCUCGAGAUUUUCUCAUUGCUUAUAAUGUGAACAUAAUGGCAACUAAAGAACAAGCGCACAGGAUUGCUUUGAAUAUACGAACUACUGGCCGUAGUCCUACACAGGUAGAAUGCACAGUACUGUGCUGACAGGAUAACAACAACAACAACAACAACAACAACAGCAACAGCAACAGCAACAACAACAACAACAACAACAACAACAACAACAACAACAACAGCAGCAGCAGCAACAACAACAACAACAACAACAGCAACAACAGCAGCAACACCAGCAACACCAGCAACAACAACAACAUCUUUAUUCCUACCAUGUUUGUUAUUGGUUCUGUUUUGUUAGUAAAUAUAUGAGGUACAGACUGCCUAAAUACCAAUACGUUGCAUUAAACGAGUCAUGUCGACUUAUGGUGACUUUGGUAAUAAAUCAGAACAGGUGUGUCAGUGACUAGAAUGACGAAGCACUAAAUAUAAAUUGAAGGUCGAGCAAAAGGUGCAGCUUAAUAGAACGUAUUUGAAGCUGACGGACCUGGUUGAGGUUGAGUUCAUAGCCUUUAACCGACAAAAUAGUUAGUACUGAUAGUUGUACUGAUUGUAGUUAGUACUGAUAGUUAGUUCUGACGGCGAGCCUAUAGUUUCAGCACACACCAAUGCCUGCUUUGAUUUAAGAUAGCAUAUCAGCCUGGCAUACAAUAUUACAAUUGGAUGCUUUUCCAUUUAGCUUGGCUUACUGGAGAAAAUCCAAGCAGUUGGAUGGCGGGAGGAAAAGUCAAACGUCUCGCAAAUUUCUGUCAACGUUUUGGACUACAACACCACGGCAGUUCAUAUCGUGUUUGAAACGUGUGUAGAAGAAGCAAAGGUAAGAACUUUUAUGAAGCUUUUUAAAUAAGUGGGUGUUGGUAGAACAAUGUGCAUGUGUAUCUUUGCAAUUCAUUAGAAUUUCGCUGCUCCAUGGCCAGCCAAUGGCUCAGAGCCGAACCAAUAGCUUCCAACCAUAUUUCUUAUCUUUACCAUUUUUAUCUCCUUAUAUCUUUAUCUUCCAUUAUCUUUACGUUCUUUAUAUUUAUCCUCCUUAUCUUUGUUCUCCUUGUCAAUAUCUUCCUUAACCUUAUCUUCCUUAUUCUUUAUCCUCCUUAUAUUCAUCAGUUAUCUCUAACUUCCUUAUCCUUUAUCUUCCGUAUCACGUUCUAGACCAUCCAACAGAUAUAAAUACCCUUGCCUUGCCUUGCCUUGCCUUGCCUUGCCUUGCCUUGCCUUGCCUUGCCAACACAGACUCUUUUGUGUUCGCUGUACGGGUAGAUUAAUAAUGCAUUAUAUAAUACCUUAUUGAAUUCUGAUCGUUUAAUUGGCUGUUUAUGGUCACGUGAUAUUGAAUAGAAAAUUCCAUUUCCCAAGAGUGCAAUGGAAUGCGUUCCAUUGCACUCUUGCGAGUGCAAUUGUACUAUACGUUUUGUUCCAUUGCACUCUUUGUGUUUUCGAUAAAUCGCAUCCGUCAAAAUGCUUCUCGUACGGUGGUCACAGUUUAUUUUAACCCGAUAUUCGAAACUCAGUAAAUGGGAUUUAAUGCAAAUACGACUCGUCAAAAUGGCGGGAGCUUACAGUAAACCUUUUAAUAUUAGUCUAUUUUGGUAUUAUAUAAAACAAAUAAUUAAUGUUUUUAUUCGUGCAAUGGUAAGAAUAUUUUCAUGAGGUGAAAGAUGGAAUGUUCCAUUCAACUCGGCUGUCGCCUCACCUCAUGAAAAUAUUCUUACCAUUGCACUCAUAAACAUUCAUUAUUUGUAUACUAGUGAUAUAAGAUAUGAUACGAAAGUGAAUAGUGCUAUAAUAGCGGUUUACAAUUACAUUUACUGAUAAAAGUAAAAGAGCACGAACAAAACGUGGAAAGAAAAGAGCACGAACGAAACGUGUAAAAAUGCAAGAGUGGCUCUAAUAUCGCGAACCAUGCGUGGGCAAACGACCACAAAAUUAAUUUUAAAAACGGAAAAAUAAUUGACAAGGGCAACUAUCGGCAUAGAUCGACAUUAGAGUCAUCUUUUCGUUUCAAAGCAUUCAGGAGUGGGACAACAUUACUAAAGUCGUGAAAUCGACAAUUUGUAAACGGCAACAUCUGAUUGCUUUGCAGGAAAUUGUUCUGAAGUUAGCUAUUAUUAGUUUGAUAUUUUAGCAGCAAUAGGCGUAGUGAUCCAGUUGCAUUCCUGAAUGUUUUGACACGAAAGACACUUUGUUCGGGCGAGAGGAAGAAUCCGUGGUUUUGGUAAUAAGCCUUAUUUUCCGCAGCUUUUUACAGCUUGUGUAUUGUUUAAAGCUUAUAAGAAAGUUUAAAAGUUUUAUUUUUACGCAAGAACUGUGUUUAUUAGUAGGAUCAGUUGGCAGUUAUCACUUAUUUACUGAGACCGAGGGAAACAGUGUGUUUUGUGGACCCGAGACCGUCGAUGUUUCCCGAGGGUCCACAAAACACACUACUUUCCCGAGGUCUCAGUAAAUAAGUGUUUUAUUAUAUAUCAAUAGUCAAAGAAACAACAAAUUAAAGAACAAAUGAACGUAAAUACAUGAAAUAUUUUAUUGUUAAAACGUUAUAUUAAACACUGGCUACACUGCAGUUACUUAAAGCGAAAGUUUUAAUUACGUACUAGGCAUGUCCAAAGGUCGCAUCUUCACGUGAUGGGGCACGUGAUUUUUUUUGUUAUUCGCCGGUCGAUAACGUAUUAUCUCCCUCUCGCGCUGUUGCGAGGGAGACAGCCUAAUUUCGUCACUCUCACGUGAUGUGCUCUCAACCAAUAAAACACUAGAAAAAUGGGACUUUGACUAUUGAUAUAUAAUAAUGUGUGUUAUAUUCUAUAGAGUAUAGUUAAAAGUGCUGUUAUUCAAUUUAUUUUCUAUUUUCGCCAAAAGUUUAUGAUUUUUAUGUUACCAUGGCAAGAUCUUUAUCGAGCGGUACCUAUCACACAUCUGAAAGUGCUGCACAUGUGGUGGUUCACAAUCUGUUAGACUAUAUUCUAACUUUGAAAAUUUAGAAAUUAAAAUUGGCUAUUGCUGGUUCUCAAGUGGUUGGUUUAGUACCAUUGAAAGUGAUGUUAGAUGCUGCAGAUUAUUACAUGGCCAAAGAAGAUCUGUUUAUUGUGGAUGAAGAUCAAAAACUAAGAUUGGUAAGGAAAUUGUUUUACAGAAUGCAUACUUAACUUGUAUACAUUCUGUAAAAAACAUUUGAUCCUGUUCAAUUCCAUAUAUUCUUCCCAUUCUAUUUAGUCACUAAAGCGUGGAAGGACAGAGUAAAAAGAAAGGUCUUUGCUCGGCGUUGCAAACUCUGUUUAUAAUUUUUUUUUACAAGUACAACAAUAACUUUUCUAUAUCUACUGUGUGCCUUCUAACUCUCAUUAUAAAUUUUUACACUUACGCUCAAUUGUUAGAUCCUUCAUCUUUACUUACAGGUAAUUGAUCGUCUUGGUUUGAAUUCAUUGGGACAAUUUAAUCCCCAGGAAAAAGUAAUAGAGUAAGUUAUAAUAAUUUAACUAGAAUGUCCUUAGGGACCUGUCAUUAUUUAUGACAGGGGUGGCACCGAAAAGAAAAGGGUUUGGUAAACAAAAUUUUGAUUAAGUAAAACGUUGGGUAAAUGAAAAACAAAACAACUCAAGGAUUGGGAAAUGAAAAUUUGUUGCCAUUUCCAAAGCAUGACUCACUGAAAUAUUGGAGACUGAAAAGCAAUGUCAAUUAAGAGUCAUAUGUCAAUACAAUAUGUGAAUUACUAUCUUCAGGGUGCGAUAAUUCAAAAUUUUUAGCCGUACCUGACUGGUACUCCAACAAUUUUUGCCGAGUACUUGAGCUGGUACGAACUUAAAAGUCAAGGUGUACCUAAGCCCUAAGGCUACUUCCGAGUCUUGCGUUUUACACAUACGUAUAUAAUGCACACAUACGUAUGUAAUGUAUAAUGCACACAUACGUAUGUAAUGGUUUACACAUACGUAUGUAAUGGUCUUAAUUUGACGGAAAAAAUUAAACCUUUCUGAAUUUUAUAUAUUUAAUAAUUAAUAAACACUUAUAACAAGGUUAACAACCUUGUUUGAUCCCAAAAUAUGUCGGAUGUGUGGAAUUUACAUUGUGCAGCUAAAGUUAUUGACGAUUUUGAAUACCUUGGAAGGUUUGCUAGUUAUCACUAGAAGGGAAAUGUAAGUACGCGAAUAGCAAAUUCUCGUGUACCUACGUGGUACUCGACUAAAAACAAAGAAGUACCAGACCGUAAUUUUGGCGUACCUCUGGUACGUUGGUACGCGAAUUAUCGCACCCUGUUUAAUCUUGAUCAUUUUCCGAUUUGUUGGGAGACAAAUGGUGUCUCCAAAGAAAGUACAUGUGCAGGCAACAUGAAACUUUAGACUGCAGAAAAUUUCACAAGCCGUUAUCAAACUCGUGUCACAGAAGUGGUAAAGGACGCACAUGUGUGACAACUGAAUGGGUAUUUAUUUUUUAAUUGAUAUUUGAGGUUGGGUAUAGCAGAUCACGUGACCAGCGUCUACCAGGUUCACAACCUGGUAGCGUCUACCAGGUUCACAACCUCAAAUUUUUGACUUUUUAAUGGUUGGGUCAGCAGAACGUUUGCCUCGAAAAACAUUUCUCUUCGGUUCCACUCCCCGCCAUAGGUAAUGACUGGUCCCUUAUGAUUAAUGUAAUGUGCUAGCUAAUUUUGCUAUUGAUGUAACAAUGAUGUUCUGUAACUUCAAGUACUAUAAUUGUUUUUUCUUACUUUCUAACUUUUGUUUCAUCUAGAUAUGUAAUUGGUAGCAACAAAAAUGGUCCAUUGGCCUCCAUGCCGUUAUGCGAUUUUAUUCAUUCUUUAGGAAGUCGUACACCCUCUCCUGGCGGAGGGUCUGGCUCAGCUGCUGUGGCUGCUAUAGUACGUAGUAUAAAUGAUAAAUUUGUACUCUUACAUAAUGCACGACUACAGUAAAGUAUAGAAUCGCAAUUUAUGUAGAGUUUUUACUGUCGUUCCAAUUGAAGUGUUCCUCAAAUAUUGAUUCAAUACAUUACCUCAGGCUGACCAAUUCAUUUCGUCAAGUUCCUCGAGAUAUUCAUACACUUCCUGUGAAAGAGCCAAUUCCAAGUAUUUGAUCAUUUCUGGUCACUUCCUUUCUAUUUAUGAUUGGUUAGUUGCACAAACAACAAAGGGGAUUGGUGCAUUCAAACUAUUCAACAGGAAGUUUACAAUUAUACUAGGAAGUGUAUGAAUAUUUUGAGGAACUUGAUCAAAUGAAUUGGUCAGCCCGAGGUAAUGUAUUGAAUCAAUAUUUGAGGAACACUUCAAUUGGAACGACAGUAAAUAAUCCUUGAAAUUUCCAACAACCUGACACGUACCCAGACGCUUUGGUUUGUGUCUCAUGUCAUCAAGCGCGCGGGACGAACGUGAGGGAGAAAAACUGAAUCCACGCAGCCCUGGCAUGGGCGACGCCAGCCAUAUAGCAGCACAUAGCGCCUGGAUUCAACAACAACUACGCAACGCAAUGGCCGAACAAAAUGUGCAUGUGUAAAGUGCUUCUGGCUUGCUAUUGAAUUGUGUAUCUCAUUAUGUGUGCAGUCAAUCAACUUUCUUCAGAAUUGGACGAUUUUUCAGCAGCCAAUAUAGAAAUUUAGCCGAUGAAUUUUCCGAUUAUGAAAUUUGUCGAACAAUUUGCAUCCUAUUGCAGCCCUAUCUACAGCAAAAUUUCGAUAAAAUUUUAUUUAAGAUUUAUUGAAGAAAUCUAAGUUCUUAUAAACCUUUUUCCACUCUAAAAAGACAAAAAAGUAUUCAUAAAGCAAGAAAUAUCUUUCAAGGUCUUUCAUAUCUAAUUUUUUGAAGAAAUUUGCGUUAUUUUGUUGUUUCAAGCGAACGCGUAUUAAUGUGUGUAAAUGCAUUUACCUGUAGGAAAAAGUUGCCGUUUUAUGGUUCAAGAUAAACAUGACAUACAGUGACGUAAUCCAUGCAGCCUGAAAAUUGCACCAAGUCAGAACCACUCAAACACAUUUUUAAGCGUUGACUGUUGAAUAUAUAUUUUACAAAUAUUUAUUUUGAAGAUAGCGGUAUAUUUUCUAGACUUCCUAUGGAAUGACAAAAGAAUGAUGAGACAAAUUUCCAUACUAUAUAUUCGGUACGGUGUACUAUUAUAGUAUCUUUGUAAUUAACUGAGUCUUCUCACUCUGCAGGGUGCCGCUCUUAGUACAAUGGUUGGCUGGAUGACUUUCGGCAAGAAAAAAUACGAAAAUCUUGACUCCACAAUGAGAAAGUUAAUUCCUCCAGUCUACCAGGUUAUGGUUGAUUUAAUUCCUUUGGUUGAUGCGGACACAAACGCUUUUAAUAUGUACAUGGUAAGAAUAAAGUGAUUCUAAUACUUUCAGUUUGUCCAAUCUAAAGAAUUGCCUAUCACGCGACCCCGAUGAAGACAUGCAGCUAGACUGGAGUGUCGAAACGUAAUGCAAUUCGUCUGGUGGCAAGCGAAAACAUGACUGAUUUUAAAGACUGGUUGCCGUGGACUAACAAACUUUAAAUCAGUUCUAAAAAAUUAACUGCAUUUAAUUAUUUUUUUAAACAUGAGGAUGGCGUGGAAACUAACACCCCCAGAAACUAGUAUUGUUGUGUUAAAAACUAUGAUAGUAUAUUUGGUAGUAUUGCAUUGUCACCAGAAACUGUCAUUUGUCUUCGACUGCCAUCUUUAAAAGAAGUUUAGAAAGUACAAUUAUAUAAUUUUUCAAUGAAAGUUCAAGCAAGCUGCAUUGGAAUGAACCUUAAAUUUAUUUGUUUUUAUAUAAUAUUCCAAAUUAGUGAACAAUACUACAAUAACUGCAUUUGAUUAUCUUACUGUGCUACUAAAAACUAUGGUUUAUGUUUAUAGGACGCGUUGAAACUUCCAAAAAAUACUCCAGAAGAAAAAGAAAGGUAGCUAAAUAUAAUCUCAGUAACAGUACAAAAACUAUAUAUAUAUAUAUAUAUAUAUAUAUAUAUAUAUAUAUAUAUAUAUAUAUAUAUAUAUAUAUAUAUAUAUAUAUAUAUAUAUAUAUAUAGUUUUUCGUUUUACCUCAAAAAACCACAACAGUCUGUUUCAUCCGUAUAGUACAACGGCUGAAGAUCCAACAUCCUUCAGCAAAUUACCAUGGUUUAUAUUCCUAUUCAUUCCUAUACGGAUGAAACAGACUGUUGUGGUUUUUUGAGGUAAAACGAAAAACUAUAUUACGCUCUAUCUAUAUGGUAUUGAGCACUGUUUGUGUUUCGUAAACCAAAAUCUUAAGCUAUAUAUAUAUAUAUAUAUAUAUGUAUAUGUAUAUAUAUAUAUAUAUAUAUAUAUAUAUAUAUAUAUAUAUAUAUAUAUAUAUAUAUAUAUAUAUAUAUAUAUAUAUAUAUAUAUAUAUAUGACUACAGUAGUUUGAAUAAUAAAUUAUAUUUGAGGUGAUGUUAAUCUGUCUACACCAGGCAGGCUGAAAAGAUAGCUUGACCACGGUGGGAAUCGAAUCCGCGAUGUUGAGUCCAAUGCUGUACCACCUGAGCUACGAGGUCAAUUCUCCACCAACAAACCUACGAGGUCAAGUCUGUUUGAGUUGGUGAUAUUUUGGAACUCAAUCGAGUUCCUUCGACAUCAUGCACUAUCAGUAUAUGUCAGAUAUCGACUCCCACAAUAUCACCUACUCGAACCGACUUGACCUCAUACAGUAGUAGCCCAGUCGGUAAGUCAAAUGUGGUGGGUUCGAUCUCCACCACGGUCAAGCAAACUUUUAUAAUUUAAGCCGGCUUGCCUGGUGUGGACACACUCAAAGUAACAUCAUCUCAAACAAUUUCACCUGUCGAGCACAUACACUACAAUCAUUGCAUAAAUUAUAUAUUGGUACAUGCGAUCACCUAUACCAAACAAAGUGACAAUGUUUCCGUUCAUUAAAUUUGAACGGUAAGUGGGACCUCGUUGGGUCCUUUGCAUAAUACAGUAAUAAUUAGAGAAAUUGUUAUGGAUAUAGAGAGGUGCAGAUUAAUAGGCGCUUUGCCCUACAUCCUUCAGCAAAUUACCAUGGUUUAUAUACCAUCAUUUUUUAGGCAAAGUCAAGCAGUACAAGCAGGACUGACAGCGUCAAUAAACGUUCCUCUAAAACUAAUCAAAACAGUUUCUCGUGUUUGGCAAUCUCUCACCGAGCUAGCAAGAUGUGGUAAUGUUCAAACUAAAUCUGACAUUCAGGUAAACUGCUCAUCACAAAAUUACGCUACAGUGUAUGAACAGGGUUUAUAAAAUAACAUGUAUUGGUCGAAACCUGUGUUUGGAUCAGGCCAUCCAAGUGAAAGUUUUUUAAAGUGAAAUUUUAACACGGAAAGUUGUUAAUUUAUAAAACAAUUACUUUAUGGUUUCCGUGUUUGGAUGGCCUGUUGCGAGAUGGAAUGUUGCGAGAGUUAAGAAAAGUGCGCGAAAUCGCGAGCCGAACCAUACCAUGAAACAGAAUAAAAGAUAGGAAUAAAGUUUCUAAGGAACGAGUCACAAACAUUGAUCAUGAUGCACCAAUCACAAAACAUAUUCAAUCACUUUAACUUCAUAUAUAUUUACCAGGGUUGAUAUUUCAUUACUUAUAUCAUUUAUAGUUAUUACUUUAUAAUAGAAACGAAUUUGAGGAAUCGAAAUCACAACAAGCAGCCCAGGAAAGUGGGACCCGAACCCACGAACAUGCAUCCUGCACGUUCGCUAAAUGGUUAAUAUAUCUUCAUCGCUGAAUGGUUUUAGCUUUCAACAGAUAUAAUUAAAAUUAUUAAAAAUUAAAACGUUAAAAAAUAUAUAUGGGCGACUAAAAAGUACUAGUUUGGUCUUUCGAUCUCAGCUCGUCGCCAUAAUGUUUAAAAAUUCUAAAGUUUGUUUCAAUAGUUAUCUGCAAGUUUCAGUUUGUUUUAAUAAUUAUUUCAAUUAAUUAUCAAUUUUAAUAAUUAUCUAAGUUUCAGUUUGUUUUAAUAAUUAUCUAAGCCCAGAAAAGAUUUCAGAUCUUCCUUUGGGGUUAAAUAAGGCACGUAUAUUGAGAGACGUGCAGUAAUAAAAUCUAAGAAUACUUUUAAGUAUUCUUAGAAAAACUAAUUGCCAAAGACCAAACUAGUACUUUUUAGUCGCCCACAUAUAUUAAUAAUUUUAAUUAUGUGUUGAAAGCUUAAACCAUUUAGCGAUGAAGUGUAUAUUAAGUUAAUAACCAUUUAUAGCGAAGAGUAUAUAUUACCAGCUAAUAAUCUAAUAGCUCAUGCAGUGGUUAGAGCAUCCGUCUAGGAUGUUCGGGUCACACUUUCCUGGGCUGCUUGUUGUGAUUUCGAUUCCUCAAAUUCGUUUCUAAUAAUAACUAAAUGAUAAUAAGUAAUGAAAUAUCAACCCUUGUAAAUAUUUAUACGAAGUUAAAGUGAUUGAAUAUUUUUUGUGAUUGGUGAUCAGUGUUUGUGACUCGUUCCUUACAAACUUUAUUCCAUAUUUUAUUCUGUUUCAUGGUAUAAUCGACCUAGUUUUGCGUUUGACAAAACUUCAAUUGAAAUAGCUUUAUAUCUAUUUACACAAGGUUGGAGUUCGUUGUCUGGAGACUGGUGUAUGGGGAGCUUACUACAAUAUAUUGAUAAACCUACCUGAUAUUAAAGAUGAAACAUACAAAGAACAGGUAAGAUCACUGAAAACGUUCAGUGCCAGUGUAGGUAGCGACGAUAACAAGACAGCUGCAUGCGGAUUGAGAGAGUACAACUAUCUUAAAACUAUAAGCAGAACCUCGACGUUUCGAGCGAAGGCCCUUCGCGACCCAACCCUCAUCUUUAUCAACUUUUUCAAUGUACAUGUUGCCAGAUAUGAUGUCAUUAGAUGAAUUGCAAAUCAACCAUUGUAUGAAAAGGAC